UCCGCUAGGUUUUUUUCCUCCAGCUCUCAGUCAUUCUGGCUCGGCGGUUUUCUCAGGUCUGAACUUUGGAUCGCUUGAGCUAUAUAUUAAAAAGGGCAUGGCGAAAAAGAAGAAUCCGCAGGUUUAUAUGGAUGUUUGCAUUGAUGGAGAUCCAGCUGAGACUAUGGUUUUUGAGCUUUUCCCUGAUGUUGCUCCCAAGACGUCAGAGAAUUUCCGUGCGCUGUGUACAGGGGAGAAAGGAAUCGGACCCAGAAGUGGAAAACCUUUACAUUACAAAGGAUCCUUUUUCCACAGGAUUCUGAAAGGCUCCUCAGCACAGGCUGGCGACUUUGUGAACCGAGAUGGUACUGGUGGGGAAAGCAUAUAUGCUGGAAAAUUUCCAGAUGAGUCACCAAAACUAAGGCAUGACGAGCGUGGUCUUUUAUCUAUGGAUGUUGCUGAACGUGACAAGUUGGGAUCACACUUUCAUAUUACCUUCAGGCCAAAUCACCAACUUGAUAGGAAAAAUGUUGUUUUUGGAAAGCUUAUUCAAGGGAAAGAGGUACUAAAGAAAAUUGAACGUGUGGGAGACGAGGAAGGCAAACCUACCGUCACGGUGAAAAUAAUCAGUUGUGGAGAAUAUUCUGGAGACAAGAAGAAGAAUGUUAUUGAUGAUCGAAAAAGGAGCAAGCACAAGAAAUCUUCAAGAGAGAGAAGAAAGAAGAGGCGGAGACACUCAUCAUCUGAGUCUGAAAGCUCCUCAGACUCUGAGACGGAUUCCUCAGAAUCUGAUAGUGAGUCAGAUUCGGAUUCGUCUUCGGACCUUAGCUCCUCGAGCCAUGAAAGGGGGAAGAAGAGAAAGAGAAGUUCGAAGAAAGAUAAGCACAGGCGGUCCAAGCGAAGAGAUAAGCGCCAUGAGAAGAAGCGGAGGAUACGUGAUAAGAGAUCGAAACGCAAAUCAAGAAGGUCCCCAGACAAUCUUAUAGGGGAAGAAGGCAACAGCGAAAGUGAUGCUAAUGCUGAUAUUGAGGGAAAAACGAGGAAACCCAGAGUCUCGAAUAGAACAGGCAAUUCUCCACUAGAGUUUCAAAAAGAAGCUGAAUCACUUCACCAGGACAAAAAGGAAGGGCCGGAUUUGCUUGACAAGGAUGAUGAUGCAUCUGAUAGGCAACAUGAUAUUGUUGAUGAUCAUUCUGGCAAAUCUAGGAGCUGGAGUUUGAGUCCUAAGAGGAAAACAAGUAAGAGUACAAGUAUAAGUCCUAGGAGGAGUCCGAGUAAGAGUCCUAGACGGAAAGUGAAGAACUUGACAAACAGAAGAAGCAAGAGCCCAGAAAGUAGCAGGCUUAUGAGGAGAAGCCUUAGCAAAAGUGUUAGUAGAAGUCCAGUGCUGAUGAAAAGGGGAAAAGAUAUUAGUAGAAGUCCUUCCAGGAGCAUAAGCAGAAGUCCAUUGAUGAGCCCCAAAAGGGAUAUUAGCAGAAGUCUUUCGAGGAGUAUAAGCAGAAGUCCAUUGAGGAGCCCUGUAAGGGAUAUUGGCAGAAGUCCAGUGAGGGGUAGGAAGGCCAGAAGCCCAAGCAGGAGCCCUGUAAGAUCAGCAAGCCUUGGAAGAGGCCCACUUAGAAGAGCAAGAUCACCUAGCAGAAGUCCAGAUCGGUCUUCUAGAAGAAGCCUGAGCAGGAGUCCCUCUAUAUCACCUAGGAGAUCAGUGAGCAGGAGUCCAGUCCGAUCAUCUAGGAAGAGUGUGAGCAGGAGUCCGAUUCGAUCAUCCAGGAGAAGUAUCAGCAGGAGUCCUGUUAGAGGAGAAAGAAGAAGAAGAAUCAGUAGAAGUCCAAUUCAGGCGAGGAGAAGAAGUCCUUUUGGCCGUAGAAGAAGUUUGUCAAGAAGCGCUUCUCCUGAUGGACGCAUCAGGAGAGGAAGAGGAUUUAGCCAGAGAUACUCUUACGCUCGUAGAUUCAGAGCCUCUCCAACUCCUGAUCGUUCUCCUUAUCGCCUAAGUGAUAGGAGUGACCGUGACAGGUUUCGAAGUCACAGAAGGUACUCUCCGAGACGGUUCAGAAGUCCAUUAAGAGCAAGAACACCUCCAAGGUUAAGAAGAAGAAGAAGCCGCUCUGUAUCUUCUGGUCCACGUCAUCACCGGCGUUACAGCCGCAGCCCUAUUCGUAGCCGUUCACCGUAUAGGAAGAGAAGGUCACCGUUUGCUGCAAGCCGCAGCCGUUCACCAUAUAGCAAGAGAAGAUCACCAUCUCCUGCUAGCCGCAGUCCAAGUCCGUCAGGAUCAAGAUCAAGAUCAAGAUCAUACUCAAAAUCUCCCAUUGGGACAGGGAAAGCAAGAUCAGUGUCGAGAUCACCAUCUAAAUCGAGCUCGUCAUCCUCUGGUAAUAGCUCAGCCGGGAAAGCAAGAUUAGUUGCCUAUGAUUAAACAACCACAUAUCCUUUUGUUCUGUUGCUCGAGACUAAGAAGCAGUUACUACUGCAUUGUCUUGUAAGCGUGUCGUUUGGGAUAUGUUCUGACUCUCCACCAGCCUUUUUUAUAAACUUAAAUGUUUGCCGACAUUUUUAUUUUGUUGGUUUUUCGACCGUAA